AUGUACCUCGAGGGAAAACGAAAGCGAGAAAACAUGCAACGGUGGUCGCAUCCUGUGCAAAAGUUGACCGUGUUUAUGAAAAGAGGAGCCUUCUCCCAGGUGCGUCUGGCGGAGGUGAAGGACGACCCGUCUCACAUGGUGGCCAUCAAGAUCAUCGAUAAGAAAGCGCUCAAAGGCAAGGAGGAUUCCCUGGAGAACGAGAUCAAGGUUCUACGAAGACUGCAGCACCCCAACAUUGUGCAGCUGAUGGAGACAUACGAGGAUCGCGAACACGUGUACCUCAUCAUCGAGUUAGUAACUGGCGGAGAACUGUUUGAUAGAAUUGUUGAAAAAGGGUCAUAUACAGAGAAAGAUGCUUCACAUCUCAUACGACAAGUAUUAGAGGCAGUUGAUUAUAUGCAUGACCAGGGUGUUGUACAUCGAGAUCUUAAGCCUGAAAAUUUACUCUACUACAGUCAAGAUGAAGAUAGCAAAAUUAUGAUUAGUGAUUUUGGGCUCAGCAAGAUGGAAGAUUCUGGCAUCAUGGCAACAGCAUGUGGCACACCUGGUUAUGUUGCUCCAGAAGUGUUGGCACAGAAACCUUAUGGAAAAGCAGUAGAUGUAUGGAGUAUAGGUGUAAUUGCAUAUAUUCUUCUAUGUGGUUACCCUCCAUUCUAUGACGAGAAUGAUGCAAAUCUUUUUGCACAGAUUCUUAAAGGUGAAUUUGAAUUUGAUUCUCCUUAUUGGGAUGAAAUCAGUGAUUCUGCCAAGGACUUCAUCCGCCAGUUAAUGUGUGUUGAUGUUGAAAAGAGGUACACCUGUAAGCAGUCUCUAGGACAUCCAUGCACUGAUUCAAAUGGAGCAGACUUUGAAAGGGCUGUAACUUGUCUCUUGCAGCAACUAAUGCAUGCAAUCGUGAUGGUUCACAAGAUGCAGCGACUGGCCCUAUCCUCCACGAACAUGGAGGUGGACACUCCCCCCGCCUGUCCUCCAAUUACGGAGGAGGCAGAGGCAAGGGAGGAUGAGGGGGAGGAGGAGGAGGAAGGGGUUCACCCAGCAAGCCUACCAUGCAACAGCCGUGAUCCGCCAAAUGAGGCUGCUGGCACUAAGCACACAGCGUGAGAAGAAACUGAGUGAGUCCAGUGACACGAAUGCAAACACCACCACUACUUCAGCGCCGCCAGCCAGUAAAUCACCUAGAGAAAAUGCCCACUAGUUAAUCUGUGACUCAAUAUUAAGUUUUUAAAGACAAAUGACAGAUUUGGCUCUCCUUAUUUCAUGUCUGCAUUUCAAAAAGGCAGUGCUCUACAAUGCAAUAGGAUGAAUUGCCUUUUGAAAAUGCACGCAUUACUCUAUGGAGGAAGUCAGAUCUUUGGUUUAGGUUCCUGUGGUUCCUUGGUUUACAUAAAAGUUUUAAAUGUGGCUCGGCAAGUAGCCUGUACGGAAGGCUUUGGCGUCUUCUACUUAUUUGUGAUUGAGUCUAGAAUCAUAGUUAUUUUUGUAUGAUACUUGGAGAUAUUUUUCACUUGCAGUCUUUGGUAGUACUCCAAUUUGCCAAAACGAUAAACUGUCUUCUAGAAAGUACACCAUAAAAGAAACACUGAAAUUGCAUAGUUUUACAGUCCAGUGCUCAGUAUAUCAGACUUACUGGGUUGAAAAGAAUGAUUUUAGCCAUUUAGCAAAGUGUAUUUAGUGCCAUUUUCAAAAUUAGAAAGUUCAUAGAGUGUAUUUAUAAAAUGUAUGGCACUUGUUGAAUGUGACUGCUUUAAUCUUCUAGCUGUUUAUAAACUUCAAUGCGUCUUAAUACUCUUGUGUUUGGUGCAUUGACAGACUAUAAUACAUACCAAAACUAUCCUAGACUGUCAUAUUUAAAAUAAGUUAUUUUUUACCCAUAUUUAGGGUAGGGGCUCAUAAAUAGCCAAUGCUCUAUCAAUUUUACUCCUUUUUGGAGUCCACAGUUGAUGCUUGUGAAAAGCAUAUGGAAUCUAUUGUUACUUUAGCUUAGAAAAUGUUGAUUUCACUCAUAAGCAUUUCAGAAUUUAUGGUGUUGGAAAAUCACUUCUGUCCAUCUAAGGACCUAUUGUCUUUCAUGUUAUACACAAUUUUUCAAACUGUCUGGGAAAGUGCAACUGCAUAUUUUUCCCUGAAUACAUAUUUAGCAUGAUUAUCUGUUCUCUUGGGCAGUGAAGCUCUCUGUUAAUCAAAUUUUGUAUUUGUGCUGUUGCCUCUAGAGAUGUAUAUUGAUCAGAACCAGUCUUGCUGAGGCUUAGAGUGGUCUAAUAGCAAGCAUGUGUUUUGAUCUACGCAACAAUUUGUAAAUUUCCAAGUGCAAUUUUUGACCAGUAAGUAUCAGUGUUCUUUUUAUUUUCUGUUGGAUAUUCAUUCAAGAAGUUGACAAUUCUUGAUGUUUUUUGUAGUAGGUCCCUGGCCUGAAUAUCAUGGGUCAUGUAAGGAUUAGUAAAAAUAUUAGAUACUUUUAAAGUUAAGCAUCAGCUGUAGGUGCAUCAUAUGCUGUGGUUUCCAAAAGUAACCCACUGUACUUUUUACUAUCCUUUGAUAUUGACUGUGUUUAUCAGGGCUAAUGUCUCAUGCACACAAUGGUAGCACAAAAGUUCCAUCAGUCAGCUAAAGUUCUUAUCAAGCUUGCUUUUUGUUUUUGUUUCAUACUAUGACAUUUUUUUAUGGUGUAUUUGUAUGACUUUUUCAUAGAGGAUUUAUUUCUAAAUAUUGUUUAAAUUUCAUUUAGCUUGUCGAUAGAAAGUAACUGUUUUCUGUAAUGAAAUAAUAUUCAGCUGUGCAUGAUAUUACAUUAUUUUGAAUAUGCUUUGUACUUGGUUUAGGCUUUUAGCAGACUGAAAUGGAAGCUUAUGUAGAAAUCACAAAAUGAAUGUGUAUUCCUGUUUUUAAAAAUUUGCCUCUAUUAGAAACCUUAUUAGAAAGUAGACUAAGCUAUUUGUAGCUUAUAGAAUUUUUAAAAUCUUGCAUCUGUAGAGACUAGAUUAAAAGGAAUUAGUACUGACUUGCAUGACAUCACAGAAAACAUUAAACAUUUUGAACGGGUUUGGUGGUGGUUAUAUAAGCUAUGUUCAGCACUUAUGAGUCAUGGUGGUCUAUUAAGGGGUCUUUAGUAUCAAGAAUUAUUUACCAGUUGAAUAGACUGAUUAUAAACUACAACCAUGCACCUAAAAAUCCUGUAGCUUUGCUUACUUGUGUGGUGUCUGUGUUAUUGGUUGAAUUAAAUGAUAUGCAUUUAUCAUGGUAGAGGGCAAUAUGCUAAACAGUUGGGCGUAAUUCUCUUGAGGAGACUACCAGAAGUGACUUGAAACUUUGUACGUGACUUUAACUUAGUUGGGUAUGAUUUUCGAUAGUGGAAUUAUUUCCCAAAAAUGUGUAUUACUUUUAAAUCCAUUAUAUUUGAUAUUUCAAGAAUAAGUUAUUAUAGGGUUUUACAGAAAGCUUAAAAUUGCCAAGUGCAGAUGAAUUGUUUUUUAUUUGUAAUAACAGUUUUUGGCUGUGGCUGCAUCAGUAGCUUGUACAGUGGCAGCCAUCAAUCAGUAGUUUAAAUUAUCACUAUCACUGAUAUCUUAUUAUGUUUCUCAUUGUUUUUACAGAAAAGGAUUUAUUCAUAUAUAAGGUUAUAUAUGGAAGAUAGAUUUUAUUAAUCUUAUUUUGUGUCAGGUUUUUUGGUGUUUUUUCUCAAUAAAUGUCUCAUCAUUAAGGUUGCUAUUCUCACUGAGUCAAUCAGCUCAGUAAAUUGCUACAUAUUCUUGCCCCUCUGCCUUGGAAGUACCAGCUGAUGAUGUUAUUUUUCAAUGACAUCUCUUGUCAAAAUAUUACCUCUAUCUGAAUUGAUAAUUUAAUUCUAAUUUGCUUUUCUCUGAGUACACUGAAUAUAGUCUAUAAGAAUUCCAUAAGUGAAUCAUAGGGCUGUGUGCACCGGUAUGCAACACAGUGCUAAGAAGAUAUUCACCUGCAUGACUCUGCCUUACUUGAAAGGUUAAAACAGUUGGGGUCUCACACAGGCUGGUGCUCUGAAGUUAAUACUGUUGCUGUAUUAUGUAUUUCCAAAGUAAAAUAGAGAAUGAUGGAAAUGUCUAAUAUAGAGAUGUAUCUUCAGAGAACAGUGCAUUGUCCUUAUUUAGAGAAGAGUUAAUAGUCCUAAUUUAGGUGACUUUUCCUUUGCAAGGAAAAUGUCAUAGGUUUUUGAUGUUAUAAACUUUUGGUAUAUUUUCAUUGCAAAUAUGCAACAUGAAACAUUUAUUAUACACUACAUCAACUUGCAUGUAAAUAACACAGAUAUGCUAUAUAAGCUUGUACUACACUGGUGAAUAUAGUACUUUGCCAGACACAUAGAUUAUCAGUUUGAAUUCUUUAAGGUCAUGUGAAGUUCAGUAAACACUAUGUUGUGAAAUAGACCUAUGGUAAUUGCUACAUUUUCAUAUACAAAUGAGAAAAAAAUCUGCCAUAUAUCAUUUCUGAUUUAUGUACUGUACAUGGUUUACAGAGCUGGUAAUGACACUGCAGAAUUUGGUUCAUUUGUUUAACAUAAAAUACAAUGACCAACUAUUUUCCUCCGAGCCUUUAUGCCUUAUUAUUACCCUAAUGCUAUUUCUCAUUGAGUAGUUUUUUUCUGCCUGCAUUUUCAUGAAAGAGAAAAAAUCUGAUUUAUGUUAUUUCUUUUGAAUGAAAAAGCGCGUGCAGGCGUGCACACACACACACACACACACACACACACACACACACACACACACACACACACACACACACACACACACACACACACACACACACACACACACACACACCACAUUGUUUUAAAACAGAUCAAACUGCUGAUAAGUCUCUAAAAUACUAAGAAGGUCUUUGAUUUCAUGUUAUUUUUUCUGAACCUAGAUUAUGGCAAAUGAAACAGCAAGCUCACAAGGAAAUGAUUGAAAGAAGCACUCAUAGUUCAAGCUAUGUUGAAUGGCGGGUUGCAGAAGAAAGGUUUAUUACAAGUUCUGGAGCAGAUUAUGUAUAUGAUUUUCCCAAGAGUCUUACCCAGGUGUUUUACAAGCCUCAUGAUAAAACAUGCAACAAUGAAAUAAUCUUAUGGUGUUUAUACAUUAUUUUGUAUUAUCUUUUAAAUACCAGAUACCACAACAAAGAGGGUCUUAUUAAAGGAAACGAAUACACAACCCAGUUGAAUUAAUCUUAAAUAUAUUUAUAUUAAUCAGUGUUGUAAUUUCUCCUUGGUAAUAGAGGCUAUUAUCUAAUUUAAAACUAACUCAGUUUAAAAUCUUACAUUCCAAAAAAAUUCUGUUUCUUACACUAUGGUGAUUUUUAAAAAAGUUUACAACAUACUCUUUAUAAAUACAAGAUCAGAAUAACAAAUAGAUAUACACAUUUAGUAGAACCUAGUGUUUAUAUCUGUAAAAUAAUAUUAUUUUGUCUAAAAAACGUAUUCCUGCCUUUCAUAUUAAUAGUUACGGCUUUAACAAACACUGUUGUAAAUUUGAAAAGAGAAAUAAAUAGAAAUUAAAUGAAUUUCCUCUCCUGUUUCAGAGCAAUAUAUUCCUUCAUGUAUCGAAUAGUGAAUAGAAUGAAAAAAAAAAAUGGGAAAGACUGUCUUAUUCUCUCUGUAAAUCAUUGUCUGAUGCAAAAUCACUCAUAUUGAUACAGUAUAGGUAAUAUAAUUUGUUUUUUUCUUGUAUAGUUUGUUAAGGAGUUGUGAAGACAUUUUGAGGUUGUAUCCUAACAUGUCUGCAUAAUUGUUUGUGGUUCAAUGUACCACACAAUUUUUUAAGUUAAGAGGGUGAAAUUAAGAUCAAUGAAACAAUAAACAUGAGGAACGAUAAAUAAACAGAUAUUUAAACA